AUGAAAAGAGAAAAAGUUUCAAGGUACAAGUCAAAAGAUGUUUUAUUCAUCUUGAUUCAAGACAACAUCAACGACGUGGAAAACUCAGAGUGGCAACAACUUCAUGCAAGAUUGUAUUCGGAUGAGUAUCAUAGAGUUUACGAUUGCUUUUUCAUUUUUAUGAACAAACGUGUUUCUCCAUAA